GCGCCCGGACACCAGCAUGGCUCUGCUGGGCAAGGUGGCGCUGGUGACCGGCGGCGCGCAGGGGAUCGGCCGGGCCGCCGCGGAGAUCCUGCUGGAGAACAAGGCCAAGGUCGCGCUGGUGGAUCUGAACCAGGCUGUGGGGGAGGAGUGUAAGGGGGCUCUGGAUCUGCAGUUCGGGGAGGGAAACUGUAUCUUCAUCCAGUGUGACGUGACGGACCGGGGGAAACUGCAAGAAGCGUUCCAGAGCACGGUGGAGCAGUUCGGACGUUUGGACAUCGUCAUUAAUAAUGCAGGAAUCAAUAAUGAGAAGAACUGGGAGAAGACGAUCGAGGUGAAUCUGACGUCCGUCAUUAAGGGAACAUAUCUGGCUCUGGAUCAUAUGAGUAAAGAAUAUGGAAAGGAGGGAGGAGUCAUCAUCAAUGUUUCAUCCAUGGCAGCAUUCCUGCAUUCUCCUCACCAGCCGGUCUACACAGCAACCAAACACGGCGUCAUCGGCUUCUCCAGAGCCAUGGCAGACGCGUCUGAGCAGUGUGAUUACGGGGUGAGGAUCAACGCCCUGUGCCCGGCCUUCGUGGACACGCAGCUCCUCCAAACCGUGGAGAGCGAGGAGACCAUGGGCAAAUUCGUCAAGUUUAAAGACGAGUUCAAGCAGAGGAUGGACAAGUACGGGGUGCUGAAGCCGUCUCUGAUCGCGGAGGGAAUGAUGCGCAUUAUAACAGAUGAGACUCUGAACGGGGCGGUGAUGAAGAUCACAUGUUCUAAAGGGAUUCACUUCCACACCUACGAGCCGCUCUCAGCCUGAACCAGCACCUCAGCUAACCAUCAGCCGAACCGUCAGCAGCUCCAGCUCAGGGUCUUCAUUCAGCUGCACUCGGAGCGCUGGUUAACCCCUGCACUGUACUGGCCUUAAUCUAAACACCAACUACAAGAGGAGUCUGAACUCAGAGACUCUCAGCACUGGUCCUGAUUUAACCCUUAGUAAAUUCAAUAUUGGAGGUACAGGGGUUGGACAAUGAAACUGAAACACCUGUCUAAUUUUAGUGUGGGAGGUUUCAUGGCUAAAUUGGAGCAGCCUGGUGGCCAAUCUUCAUUAAUUGCACGUUGCACCAGUAAGAGCGUGAAGAGUGUGAAGGUUCAAUUAGCAGAGUAAGAGCACAGUUCUGCUCUAAAUAUUGCAAUGCACACAACAUUAUGGGUGACAUACCAGAGUUCAAAAGAGGACAAAUUGUUGGUGCACGUCUUGCUGGAGCAUCUGUGACCAAGACAGCAAGUCUUUGUGAUGCAUCAAGAGCCACGGUAUCCAGGGUAAUGUCAGCAUACCACCAAGAAGAACCAACCACAUCCAACAGGAUUAACUGUGGACGCUGUCUGAAAGGGAUGUUCGGGUGCUAACCCGGAUUGUAUCCAAAAAACAUAAAACCACGGCUGAUCAAAUCACGGCAGAAUUCAAUCUGCACCUCAACUCUCCUGUUUCCACCAGAACUGUCCGUCACCACAAUAAUUUAUUGUGCUCUAAAACCAGGAGUUUCAGUUUCAUUGUCCAACCCCUGUAAUUAUCAAUUCAUUGUGUGAAAAAAUAUAUAUACGACCAGCACUGAGAACAUCUUCCCCACAUUUUUAAAUUCAUGUUAUUGUCAAAAAGCAGAGUUUGAGCCCAAAUCUGCAUCAUCUAUAGUGUAAAAUAUUACUGCCAAUAUAUACUCAGCGUAGACUUAUUAUCCUGAGAAAAUUAUCGUAAGUGAACUUAACUGUGUCUAGAGUCUAUCUGAAGACAUUAGGCGCAAUCUAAUGUUUUUAAUCCAACAACAAGUUUGGACACACCUUAAAUUUAUUGUAGAUUUAAUUAAUUUCUAAACAAAAAAGGGUUAAACAAACCAGAAUAUGUUUUAUAUUUUGCAUUCUUCAAAGUAUAAUUUCUUGUGUUGUUUAGAUUAAACAGUUUUGCACAUCUCUGCUGGAUUUUCUCAGUCAGCUUUAUGAGGUAGAGUCACCUGGAAUUCAGGCUUUCAGUUAACAGCUGCGCUGAACUCAUCAAGAGUUAAUUACUUAUAUUUCUUGCCUCUUAAUAAAGUGUUUGAGAGCAUCAGUUAUUAUCAUAAAUUAUCCUCAAGUGCAGUCGCAAAAAAGACCAUCAGAAAUUUUAUUAUGAUGGAACUGGCACUCAUCAGGACCGCCACAGGAAAGGAAGAGAAGAGAAAGACUUUUCCAGCCUCAGAAACCACAAGUUAAAAACCCAGAUAUAAUUACCUGGUUUGUUUAACACUUUUAAGUUACUACAUGAUUCCUUAUGUGCUAUUUUAUAGUCUGGAUCACUUUACUAUUCAUUUACAAUGUAGGAAAAAUAGGUAUAAUUUAUGCUGUUUAAUGUAUUAUAAAUACAUUCAUUCAUGCAUUCAUGUAUAGGAAAUAUUAUCAACAUUUUAAAAUAAAUGAUUGAUCAUUUUAAUCAAUAAUACACUAUAGAUGAGGCAGAUAUAGCUUAAAUUAAAAAAGUUGGCGUAGUCGGCAGGAAUCAGGACGCACCAACUCUCUCUAAAAAAAAGAUAACCCCCAUAUUUUUUAAUUGGUUAAAAAUGAUCAGGGUAAAUCAAUCUGCAUGUUAUUCACGUUCAGACGUUGAUAAUUUCAGGUUUUACACCCUUAUUAAAGCCAUGUAAACAGGUGUGAGGGAGCUUUUAGCUGCAGUGUGUUUGUUUUAAUGAUCUGUUGUAUAAAUAUGUGUUGUGUGAUUGUAACCAUGUUUAUAAGGAUUCUUAUGAAACAGUUCUUUAUGUGCCUUCAUAUUUAUUAAUAUUAGUUUCCGCUAUAUGGCCUUAAUCUUACCUCAUUAGCCACGAAUCCAUUUUAUUAUACAUGUACGUGUUUUUUGUUACAGUUGUUUCCAAAAUUCUGCAUUUAUGUACAAUGCAAAACUAGUUGUACCAAAGAAUAACCAAAAAAAGAUGUUUUUUUUGUAAAGAAGGAAAUUAUUCUUUUCAUAAUAAUAAAGGGAAAUAUAAAUUGA